AUGUCCGUGUUGUUGGUGCUGUUGGUGGUGCAUCCUGAUGCGUCAUCCGGCAGGUGUGUCGUCCAAGAUGGCCGCCUGCAUUGUGCGGAGGCGUGCGACACGGAUGCGGUUCGUGCGGCGGAUUUCGACGGCAGGAUCGUCUUGACGGGCCGAGUUCUUGACUUCGGUUGUCUAGACUUCUUCGGCAUAACGAAAGUUGAACUGUUGGCUCCGACUCGUUGCGAGGGGGUUUUUCGUGCUUCGUUGGUCGAUCCGGUGGACUUCUGCAUGACUGGGCAGACUACGACGAAGUUACUAUCUUCUCCAUCACUUUCCACGCAUGCUCCGAGUUCGUCAACGAUGAGUCCUGUUGCAUCGACGGAGCCGGUUACGUCAACGACGGCGGCUUCUUUCACUUCUUCAAGCUGCCCCCGCGUGACGACCAAGCCUUCCAUCAUUGUUUCGGUGUUAAAGAACCUUCCUGAAACCCGAAUUCACUCUGGGGAUCAUGCAAACAUCACUCUAACGGUAGUAGAAGGAAAAGCGGUCUUGGGCGCGGAGUUUGCUACCGAACUCUUUUCUAAUUGGGCCAUUGGGCUAAUUAGUGGUCUUGGCGUGACGGUGUUUGGUUUGGCUGCUGGUUGGAUGGCCUGGUGUUUGAGAAAAAAGCCUUGGCUGCUGUCGUACCUGAGGAGGGCAGAAGAGAUAUGGCGAAUCCUGACGCCACCGACAACUCCAGCGUCGUCUCCUUUACCACCGCAAUCGUCGGUUGAUGUG